AUGGGUGUAAUUAAUGCACCAUAUCUUGCAAAGGAACAAAACUUAAGCGUGAUUGAUGCAGUCAUUGAUACUUUGAGAAAAGCAGGUUAUGGUGAACCAGGGGCUCCAAACGUUAUGAUUCAGUCCACUGAUAGUUCUGUACUACUGAAAUUCAAGGAGAAAACAAAGUAUGAACUUGUGUACAUGAUUGAUGAGAUAGUUGGUGAUAUCGUUGAUUCAGCUCUUUCGAAUAUCAAAAGAUUUGCUCAUUCUGUGGUUAUCAAAAGGGGCUCUGUGUACCUGACAAAUGAUUUCUUCCUCACUGCCUCUACAAAGACCGUGCCAAAGUUAAAAUCUUCUAAUCUCUCAGUUUACGUACAAACAUUCCACAAUGAGUUUAUAUCUCAGGUAUGGGAUUUCAUGUCAGAUCCAACUGAGCAGAUCAAUACAUUUGUUCAGGAUGCUGGAAUUGAUGGUGUCAUCACAGGCUUCCUUCAAACAGCCGAUAGAUACAGAAGGAACAGAUGCUUAAAUUUGGGUAACAGCACUCCCAAUUACAUGAAACCAGUUGAAAUAGGUGGCCUUUUUCAACUCAUAGACAAAUCUUCCUUACCACCAGCUAUGGCUCCAAUCCCUUCCCUGAUUGAAGCUAAUGUUACAGAACCCCCUUUGGCUCCCUUUUCUGAAAUAUCCCCAUCUAGCUCUAUUGCUGGAGCACCAGGAGCACAACCACCACAUAAUGCACAGCCUAAGAUUGCUGUUUGCUUCACCAUGUCCUCUCUCACACUGCUUCUAGCUUCUCUUCUACUUUGAGUGGUGCAGGCUUGGUUUUUCUGGUAAUAGCCAUAUAUAUUUCCACGUUUCUUUCUGGGUUAGGUAGAAACAAGCUUUUGGCUUCAGCACUGCUUCAUAAAUCCUAAUAUCGUACUUGUACCAGUAAAUUAUUUCCAUCACACAGGAAAAUAUUGUUUGAUAAGGUUUUGUUGCUGUUGGUAACUGUUUCUGGUAUGAUAAGUAAGUAAAGUUAUUAUUCUCAUUC